CCGGAUGUAUUUGGGAAAGACGUUUUUAAUUUCGACUCCAAAAAGCCGGAUACCGAUGACCCUCCACAGCGUAAUAGGCGACCGGUUCGAGCUCUUCAGUUCUCAAUAAUAGGUUAAUACUCAUAAAUUUAUCGGUCCAAUCGACUGGGAUCGGUAAUCCCGAGCGAACAGGAUCUCGAGAUGAAAUACAUUGAGUAAAAGCUUCAUUAAUACGAAGAAAGGGGUGAAGAGGCGAGGAGGAAAGGGAUCGUGAAAGAAAGGGGAUCGCGGUGAACGAUGACGAUUUUCGCGUGGUGGUGCUGCCUGGUAAAGAUAUACGCGGGAGAGAGAAACUCUGCGUAGACAGAGCGGAGAGGAAGAGACUGAACGGAGGAGCGCGCGCGCGGCUACUUGAAAGUCGCAGGAGAGCAUACCCCGUGGUGGCACGAGCUCAGUGCAAGUCUACACUCCAUCGAGUUCGGUCUCUACCAUCGGUAGGAGGCGCGGUGAAGGAACUCAGUUUCGUUUACAAACCGGCGUUUACCGAUCAUCGAAAAAGGAAGCAAUUAAUUCAAGAUCGAACAACUCGUUAAACGGGUACGAGAAGUAAUCGAAGAAUCGGUGAAAUCGGUAAAAGAUCGGUAAGAAAAAAGCGUCGAUUUAUCGUGAAUUACCUGCGAAUCACAUCGGCCAGGUCUCGGCCGGUUGGAGCAACCGAUUUUCGGCAGAGCACGCGCGAUCGGUAUCGUUCCUGCACCGAGUAUUUGCCGAAAUUUGUGUGAUUCAACGAGUGUCGAUUAACAUGGCGAAUCGUGCAAAGACGUGCAGGUGAUAUUCCCCAGUUUUCCGAACUGUCGGUGUGCUUUUUUUUCUAUUACCGAUCGUUACCGAACUCGUGCAUUUGCUGAUCGAGGAAUCUGGGAAUUUUAAUUCAACCUUUCACACACCACUUUCGAUCCAACGACAAGAUGUGGUGUAGACUCACGUGCGUCGACGAGUUCCUCAAUCGCAGCUUCUACAAACUCGGCCUCGUAGUCGGACGACAUCCCGGCUAUUUUCUCAUCAUUCCAGUCCUCUUAGCGUGCAUUUGCAUUACCGGAUAUCAGAGAAUUCAUUAUGAAAUUGAUCCCGAAUAUCUCUUCUCGCCGAUCAACGGACCAGGCAAAACCGAACGUGCCAUCGCCGAGGAACACUUCAAAGUCAAUUACAGCUAUUAUUUCAAUGUCGGCAGAAUCACGAGGCCAGGUCGAUUCGGUCACGUAAUCGUGAUACCGAAGGAUGGCGACAAGAACAUGCUACGAACUGCCAUCUGGGAGGAACUGAAACUCCUGGACGAGAUCAUUAGAAACGCCACGGCGACUUAUGAGGGCGAGAGCUUCACUUACGAGAAAGUUUGUGCUCGAUGGUUCGGCGAGUGUUUUUUGAAUGACAUUCUCAAUCUGCAUCAUGUCAUCGAUGAGGUUGAGAGUCGAGAACUGAAUUUGACGUUUCCGGUAAUGUUGAAUCCGGUAACGUGGGAUGCGCACUUGUUUCCGGUUUAUUUUGGCGGGAGUGUGAUAACCGAGGAUCUGACGAUCGACACGGUGCCCGCGGUCCAAUUGGCUUACUUCAUAGCAGCGGACAACAAGCGCCAAGAUGCCAUUGGCGCUGCUUGGGAAGAAGCGUUCCUCAAUAACGUUGGAAAAGCCGAGGACGAAGGACUUUUUCAACACAUAAGUACAGCGAGGUUCGCUUCGAGGACUCUCGAGCUCGAACUCGAGGCUAAUACGAAAACCGUCGUGCCUUACUUUUCAAGUACCUUUGCGAUAAUGGGAAUAUUCUCGAUCGUCACUUGUAUGAUGACCGACUGGGUCCGCAGCAAACCGUGGCUCGGACUUCUCGGCAAUGUUUCGGCUGGGCUGGCGACCGUCUCAGCUUUCGGACUCUGCAUGUACCUUGGCGUCGAUUUUAUCGGCCUCAAUCUCGCUGCUCCCUUCCUCAUGAUUGGAAUCGGGAUCGACGAUACUUUUGUCAUGCUCGCUGCGUGGCGACGAACGAACAUAAUGAAACUCGUGCCUGAGAGGAUGGCAGUCACGUUGAGCGAAGCUGCGGUUUCGAUAACGAUAACGUCAUUAACUGACAUGAUAUCCUUCUUCAUUGGCAUCAUUUCACCGUUUCCUUCCGUCCAAAUAUUCUGCAUAUAUUCAGGAUUCGCUGUCGUUUUCACAUUCCUAUUCCAUUUGACUUUCUUCAGCGCCUGCGUGGCCAUAAGCGGUUACUGUGAGCAAAGUAAUCGUCACAGUGUCGUUUGCUGCAAAGUUCAACCGCUCUCGAAGUCCGCUCAUCGAUCAUGGUUGUAUCGAGUUUUGUGCACCGGUGGAGUGGAUCCGGACGAUCCAACGAAUCCAGUUGACAAUCCCGAGCACGGUUGCAUGACAUGGUUCCGCGAUUAUUUGGCAGCGGCCUUGAAUUGUCGUUCCGUGAAGUGUCUCGUCAUUCUGGUUUUCGGACUUUAUUUGACAGGAGCAAUGUACGGUCUUACAACUCUCCAGGAAGGUCUUGACAGACGCAAAUUGUCGAAGGAGGAUUCCUACUCGAUCACUUUUUACGAUCGCGAAGAUUUUUAUUUUCGCGAAUUCCCAUACAGGAUCCAGGUGAUCGUCAGUGGGCAAUACGACUACAGCGACCCUUUGAUCCAAGAGCAAAUGGAGAAUUUAACAUCGAGUUUGGAGUCAACGGUGUACAUAAGUACGCCAAUAUACACAGAAAGUUGGCUGCGGAGUUUUCUGAGUUACAUGAAAAGGAACGACGAGUAUUUGAACGCGACGAUAAGCACGGAAACAAGUUUCAUAGAGACAUUGAAGGAUGUGUGGCUCUUUCCAAAAAGUACAUUCUCGCUGGACGUGAAAUUCGACAAGUCCGAACAGCACAUAGUUGCGAGUAGAUUUUUAAUUCAAGCUGUGAACAUAAGUGGAACAAAUCAGGAGAAAGAAAUGGUGAAAGAGUUGCGUCGUUUGUGUGCGGAGUCACCGUUGAACGCGACAGUUUUUCAUCCCUAUUUCGUGUUCUUCGACCAAUUCGAGCUCGUCAGGCCAACGAGUAUACAGUGCAUGAUUUUCGGGGCGCUAAUAAUGAUGCUCAUUUCGUUUAUCUUCAUACCAAACGUUUUGUGCAGUUUGUGGGUGGCUUUUUGCAUAGUUUCGAUAGAACUAGGAGUCGCGGGUUACAUGGCACUUUGGGAUGUUAAUUUGGACAGCAUAUCGAUGAUCAAUCUGAUAAUGUGCAUCGGCUUCAGCGUCGACUUCACCGCCCACAUAUGUUACGCAUACAUGAGUUCGAAAGAGAAGCGGCCGGAAGAUCGUGUGAAGGAAUGUCUUUACAGUUUGGGAUUACCAAUCGUGCAGGGUGCAGCUUCGACGAUACUGGGUCUGGUUGCUUUGAUCCUGGCAGGCACUUACAUCUUUUUGGUUUUCUUUAAAAUGGUGUUCCUCGUGAUAUUCAUUGGUGCUCUCCACGGGUUGCUCCUCCUUCCGGUUCUACUAUCAAUAUUCGGUCCCGGAUCUUGUUCGAGUAGUGACGAUAACGAAGAAGAGAAAGAGUCGAAGAAACGCAAGCUGGAAGAUCGAAAAGUUUCGAAACUGCCGGUCCCCUACGUGAUUCCGCACCCAACGCUCCUUUACCAUCAACCCAUCGCAGCCAAAUCUCUUGAAACAAGUCCAGCCAUCAGUUUAGCUGUCCUCGAAGAUAGAGAUCCUGGCCUAGGGACCAGUGAAGAUAGCAAUUCCACCGAGAGUGGAUCUUCCCAAAGCCGAAGGCGUCAACAAAGCCAGGAGAGCAACGAAGAUGCUGUGCAAAAAAGACGAUACGAAGAUUGGCGAAGAUCCGUCGGUAUGCUGCCCAGCAUGUCACAAUUUCAAGCUGGACCAGCACCUCCUCCCGACUACCCUGGUGCUGCGAACCAAGAAACUCCCCAAAACUUUGAUACGAGGGCAUUCAGAUCUGUUCCCUACCCUGGUUACCUUGGCUAUCAAGAAAAUCCCUCCAGGGAUUUCAGACGCAAUCGAUCACAGCAUAACCUACAUCAACCAUCGCCAGCCAGAUAUCUCACUGAUCCUAGGUACCCUUAAAAUCUUAUUUGAAUAUUCUCAAAGUGUCCUUCAAGCCACCCUAAUCCUAAUCUUUCAAACCAAUGAAAAACUCCGCGUCGACUCGAACGUGUUUUCUCUUCCAAUCGUUCGCCGAGUGUUACCGAAGCAAAGCUUUCACAGUUCUCUUAAUCCUGACUGAUUAAGCUCUCAACUCAUCUCGUCCUGGACGAUGACAGAGGACUUGGAACCUCAUUUGUGCAGAGUGCAAAACGAAUGUCAAAUCCUUGGUUCCACGAGUCCUUCAUAUUUUCCGGGGCCCUCCAUGGGUCCACGGCCUCCUCGCAAUCAUCUUGACUUUCCAGGGACCAACCAUUUCCGAUUCCUGUGUUUCCAGGAUCACUCAUCUGCGUUCCUAUGGCUCAGUAAGCCUUCUUUUCCACACGUCCAUUUGUCCCCAUUAACAAAAUUUAUGAUGGCUUUGACAAUGAUGUCGAUACGAUUGCCGUUCAGGAAAAAAUGACUAUCGAAGGACUCGGGGGUUUCUCAGAGUACUUUUCCAUUUUUUUAUGGAAAUUCCGUUGUCAACUCUUUGCGGGGGAUUAAGAUUCAUUGAUUCGUCCAAAUUGCUCCCGAGAGUUCAUUCUUCACCUUUUGAAUUUUUACGGAGAAGAGGUGAUUUUCUCUACGCUUCUCUUUCUAAUUUAUUGAGAUACUCUAAUCUCCUUAUUUUUCGUAGGUAAAGUGGCCGAAUUGGAAAAAUCAUUUCUGGAAACAAAAAUCAUUUGGCACCAUGAAACACCUUGAUAAAUUUCAAUCGAAUCGUUGAAUCUUCAUUCCCAAACGACCCAAUAAUUGAUGAAACGAUAAUCCCAUCGGAAAUUGUUACAAAUAGUGAUACGUACUCGAUGGUUUUUUACGAUGUUCGUAAAAAAUUUCGAACGGAAGCGCGUAGUGUUUCGACGAUCGAUGCUCAAUUAUAAUCAAAACCAAAAUAACUCGAUUGCGGAGGACGGAAAAGCGUCUGAGUUCGCACCUUCGAAUUUUCAAGGAUUCUGCGAAACGCCACGAUUUUUUAAAUUCUUUCCUAUUCUUGUGGGCAUCAAAUGUUGCUCCCCUUAGGAUUACAACGAAGAUAUAAACAAUGGAAGAUUGAGCGAUAAUCGUCUCUACAAUCACAUAUCGAUAGUCGUUAGAAUAAAUUGUUUUUUCUUUUUGCCAAAUUGGAUAACUUUUAUUAGUCCAAUAUCGUUCGAAAUUUCUUGAAUUAUUUUAUCUACUCCGAAUUUUUCUCUGUCUUAUUCACAAUUUUUUCUCAAAUAUCCAAUGCAAUGAGUCGUCAUUUUAAAAUCGAAUUGUCGGCUUUUUCGAAACUGCAACUGUGAUUCAGUAGAAUCACUAUUGAAAUUUGGAUUAUUAUUGAAUUAGAAUCACUAUUGAAAGCACUAUCAAAUUGAUAAUUCAAGUUUCAAAUUAUGAUGUUGAAGUUUGCAACGUUCGAGUCCAACGAAAUGAUGCAAAAAAAGUCUCCAACAGUUUCAGUAAUUCUUCAAUUUUGUUCUUUAGCGAAUUUGUAAUUCGUAGUUUUUCAAUGUGCACCAAUGAUUUUUCGUGAAAUAAAUAAUUGGUGCAUUGCAAAUAUUUAUUUUCGUUAAAUUCGUUGGACUCGAACGUUGCAAACUUCAGCAUCGUCAAAUUUCAAUAGUGAGACAUUUUGGAGCAGAUGAAUGAUUGAACAGAUUUUCGAUUCGAUGAAAAAGCAUCAAGAGAAUCGUCUAGACUGGCCAAGAUUUACUCGUAAGUGAAUGUACCAUAAAAGAAAACAUGAUUUUCUCUUUUAAAAAAAUGUCGGCGAUGAUUUUACUGCACGCAAUAGUGUAGUUGAGUUUUAUACAUGCGACGCUAAAGUUGAUAGACAAUACUUUACAAUCAAGUGUAAGAAUUUCAUGGAGAAUUUUAUUCAAUUUUUCAAAACUUUUGUUCCAUUUUUCCUUGGAAAAUCGUGAGAACAUUGUAUUUAUGAAUGUGAGUGUGUUAUUAUGUGUGAGAGCAAAUCUCACCGGCAUGCAUAAUCGCGCCGGAUGGAUGACGCUGUGCUGCCAUUGGAUUAUUAAUUCAUUAUUUCAAAUACAUUUUAAUGAUGAUCCUCGAAAUAUCGUUGUUUUAUUUCGUAGUCUGCAGUCCAUGCAAUUUUCCCCUCCUCAAUGUAAUUGUUCAAAAAUAUAUUUUCGAUUCUUACAGAUCAAAGUAUUUUUCAGCCUCUAAUCUGCGUAUUUCCAUCCUGAGUUUUCCACACUCUGACAGUUUGAAAUUGCAACCAAAAAUGUUUCAAAUAUUUACUUGAAAACCAAAAAAAAACUAUUUUCCAUCACUUUUCAAUGUCCUACGAAGAGUCCAGUAAAUUACUUCAAAUUUCGACCGAAAAUCCACAGAAACAUUAAACAUUAUUACCUUGAGUGUUAUAUACGUUCUACAAACUCGUACAUGCUCACUGCACUAGAAAAUGUACUGGAAUACACGCUGUGCCAUAUGAAACAAAUGACCAUCUUCCCGCAGUUCUUAAAACUGUUAAGUUCCUUUUUAUUAUAUCGUCCGUUAGAUAGUGAAGUGGUUCUUCGGAAAUAAUCUUUUGCGUUAUCUUGUGGCGCGUUCCAGUAUGCUGGAAACGCGAGGAGGUUUAGCUGCCGAGCGAUCCAUCGAUGCGGUUUGGCCCGUCAGCCAGAAUGACGCUGUUUCAUUUAACGGGAAUAAAUGUUAUUAAGAAAAAACGACGUGGCUUGGACUGGCCCGGUCUAGUGUGCGCCAGCCUUUACAGAGCAUAACGUGGAAGUCGCCGGAAUCAUGCAAUCGUAACUACAGUUUCCUUGGGUGUGUUAGAACUCUGAGUUCCAGAAAAAUCAUGGAAAUCGUAAGCAUAAAACUCAGAUAAGAUAAGAUGAGAGUGAAAAUGGCAGCGAUGAACAUGGUUCAACCAAAUAGACGCAGGUGGUUUCUAUAGCAAUUGACGACGAGCAGCUUUGCGAGCGCUGCCCAAGGGAGGAAUGAAUUUCAGAUCUGCUUCUUACACGGGGAAUCCUCUAUUUAUCCAGGGCUCUCCAAAAAAACAAGUUCAACAGUCUCUCACUUCUACCUUUUUGAAUGUUUCCUUCUUCGAAAAUGUUGCCAUUGGUAAAAGCAGAAAUUUGAUACAGAACUUGAAACUUUCGCAACUGAAGACUUGGUACGUUCAACAACGUUGGAUAAUAAUCCUUGAAAGCUCGAUGCUGCAUUUCGUCUCGCAAAUUUUU